CUGCCAGGGGAGGCGGUUUUCUGGAGUGCUGGAGGAUCCUGUGCCGGCACCUCCGUGCGGGGGCUGGGGGCAGAGGCACAAGCUUUCGGAGGCACCUUGGGUGCGAGCCAGCGAGCGACCCCGGGCGGCAGGCUGCGGUCAGCACAGAAGCGCAGCGGCAGGCGCCUGCACAGUCCCUGCAGGUGGGAGGCCAACACCUCCCCCUCGGCCCCCUCCACCCUCUGGCCAGCGCCGACACCGCCUCCCCUCCCCCGCCGCGUCUCCCGCUCCCACCUGGCUCUGCCGAGUUCAAUGGCUGAGAAACAGAUCAGCCUGCCCGCCAAGCUCAUCAACGGCGGCAUCGCCGGCCUGAUCGGGGUCACCUGCGUGUUCCCCAUCGACCUGGCCAAGACGCGGCUGCAGAACCAGCAGAAUGGCCAGCGCAUGUACUCCAGCAUGUCCGACUGUCUCAUCAAGACUAUCCGCUCUGAGGGCUACUUCGGGAUGUACCGGGGAGCUGCUGUGAACCUGACCUUGGUCACCCCUGAGAAGGCCAUCAAGCUGGCGGCCAACGACUUCUUCCGAUAUCAGCUCUCCAAAGACGGGCAGCCGCUGACCCUGCCCAAGGAGAUGCUGGCGGGCUGCGGGGCUGGCACCUGCCAGGUGAUCGUGACCACGCCCAUGGAGAUGCUGAAGAUCCAACUGCAGGACGCAGGACGCCUCGGUGAGGGCGGGGCUUGCGGGGGGUGGGGCGGCCGCCGGGGCCCCUCCCCCUCCCCAGGAGACUCAGCCGCCCCUGUGCCACCAGCCGCCCAGAGGAAGAUUCUGGCCGCCCAGGCGCAGCUCUCGGCCCAGCCCUCGGUGGAGGCCCAGGCUGCUCCCCGGCCCACAGCCGUCCAGCUCACCCGGGACCUGCUGCGGACCCGCGGCAUCGCAGGCCUCUACAAGGGACUGGGGGCCACGCUGCUCAGGGACGUCCCUUUCUCCGUCGUCUACUUCCCUCUCUUUGCCAACCUGAACCAGCUGGGCCGCCCGGCGCCCGAGGAGAAGUCGCCCUUCUACGUGUCCUUCCUGGCCGGCUGCGUGGCCGGGAGCGCGGCCGCCGUGGCCGUGAACCCCUGCGAUGUGGUGAAGACGCGGCUGCAGUCGCUCCAGCGCGGCCUGAACGAGGACACCUACUCGGGCUUCCUGGACUGCGCCAGGAAGAUCUGGCGGCACGAGGGCCCCUCGGCCUUCCUGAAGGGCGCCUACUGCCGCGCGCUGGUCAUCGCCCCCCUGUUCGGCAUCGCGCAGGUGGUCUACUUCCUGGGCAUCGCCGAGUCUCUGCUGGCGCUGCUGCAGCGCCCCCAGCCCUGAGCCCUCCCCCGUGGCAGGGGGGCUGGCAGGGGAUGCAGGGUCCACGUGGGUGGCACACACCCAGGGCUUCGCCUGCCCAACCUUUGGGAUCAAUGUCUUAUUUAUGUAGAAAGUGCGGAGAUUCUUACAUUCCUCAAGCCGGCCCCUGCCCCAGUCCUGUGCCGGCCUGAACGCCCCCGGGGACGGAGCUGGUCUCUGGGCUGGGGGUUCCCAGGCCUGGGCUGGGCAGACUGGACCCCACCCCCUCCAGUCCACCGCCUCUCAUCUCUGAGGCCCUCCUGGUCCACGGAGGGGAUCCAUACAAACCUAUUUAUUGAGUCUGCUGCGCCCACGUGGCUCUGCCAUCUUCCCGUCCGUCCGUCCGUCUGUCCGUCCGUCCGUCCAUCCAUCCAUCCAUCCAUCCGGCCCUGCUGCCUAGCUCACCUCGGCCGGGACUCAGUCGAUCCCCCUCCUGGCCAGCACUGGGGGGGGGGGAGCCACACCCACCCCGUGGGACCCACACAUUGUGAGGGGUGGGUGUUUGGGGAGCAGCUCCCGCCCACCAGCCCUCAGCUGCCCCGUGGGCCCAUGUGCUGUCAGGCUGUCCAGAGAAGCCUCCACCCGGCCCCUCUUGCUGCAUCUCCUGCAGACCCCCCCGCCCCGUCCCUGCCCUGGGAUUGGUCGGCCAGAGAGCAAGCAGGAAGACCAGCGCGAGCCUGGGACGCCCUGCCCUGCUCCAGGCGGCCGGGCUGUCCCUCCCCCAGGGUCCACUGUUCUUGGGACCUCCACCGGAGGCCCCUGGCCACCCCCAGGCCCCCAGACGCUGGGUGGAGGCCUCUCCCCACCCGUCCCUGCCAUGUGAAUGUGUUGGUGAUCGAUCUGACGUGCUGGUGCUGUGUCCCCAGACUGGGCGCCCCAAGGCCCCCCCCCACACUACCUGGGCUCAGUUCUCGGUUUCCCCAUCACGUCCGUACCUUGGAAGCUGUGCUGCUGCUUACAGAAUUAUAUUUUUUUUCCUUUGAAGAGUUUUAAAAGUAAUUUUUUGUGUCUUGUCAUGUAAGAGGAUAAAUAAAUAUUCUACCUAGAUGC